AAACACAUACGAGGUACACACACUGAGGUCAUACUAACUCUGGAGAAGGUUUAGAUAUAACACUUGUACUUGGUUAACAGAAGUUUAGACAAGCAGGGAUAUAGAGUCCAAUAUAUAAUCUCCGAAUCCUAUCGGCCUACAAAAUAUUCAUCAAAUGGCCUACCAUUUCUGCUUAGACGUAUCAGGCGUUCAUAGGCCAGCAAAGACUGCCCGGGAUGAUAUCCACCUAAUUCAUGUUCAGUUCCAUGGCACUGGUCAAAAUGACUUUAAAGUGGAGUAUGAAAAGCACCAAAGCACCCUGCUGACAGAAUACCUGAGAAAACGCGAUGGGCCUGACUAUCACGAAAAUCUCAUGAAGCUGACUUUUAAUAUCACGCCUGUCGAAGAUGCAAACAACUUUUGCCGAAGCGUUUUGGAAAGGGGAAUAUUUUGUCGUCAACGCUCAUACUUCUACCUAGGCCACUCGGAUGAGCAGCUUGCGAAAAAAUCGUGUUACUUUAUUGCAGCAACACAUAAAGAAAUCUACGGUCUCUUGUCACAGUUUGGAGACUUUUCUGAUGAGAAAAAUCUGGCAAGGCGUGCCAGGAAAAUUGCUACGCUCUUUCCACCGUUUACCAAAACUGUGAAAUUGUCUGAAAAUGAUUACAAAGUCGAACCAGAUGUGACAGGUGGAGUUUUCUCCUCGUAUACUUUCACCGAUGGAUGUGGUUUCAUGUCUGUAAAAUUCGCUUCCGAAGUGCAAAACGUCUUAAAUCUUGACUACAAGCCUAGUGCCGUCCACGUACGCUACCGAGGAAACGAGGGGAUGUUAGUUCUUAAAGAAGAUCUGAAAGAAGUCAAAGUGCAGUUCCACAACUCAAUGCAAAAGUUCCGGGACCCUGAUGGGAAAAAGCCCGAGGUUCUUAAUUUCGUCAAUGUCAUGGAUUAUUCAAGCCCAUACGUCAGUGGUUAUCUUAACUCUAGGAUGAUUAUGUUGCUGGAAGAACGAGGUGUGUCAGCCCAGAAUCUAGAGGCCUUACAAGAUGGCUACCAUGAGUUGCUGGAAGGCAUAUGCCUAAAAACCUCAGAGUAUUUCCUGCAGUUAAAGGGGGAGUUUGAUCUUCUGAAGGAAAUCCAAGACAGAGGAAUUAACGAUGGCAUAAGAAAGCACCUUCAGCGUUUACAGAGGUGGGAACUGGAAGAAAUGGAGAGAGCUUCGUUCACAAGAGUUCUUGUCCCCAACUCUCGAGAAGUGUUUGCUGUGUGUGAUCCUCUUAACAAGUUGAACAACGGUGAGUGCUACUUCAAUCCCACUGUCGCAGGUGACAAGACAGAAAGUUUUACUGCCGGCCAGAAAUUUGUGGUGAUGCGAAGCCAGUGUUACCAUCCAGGAGAUGUGCGUGUGUUGAAAAUGACGGACAAAAGAGAAGGGUACGAGAAACUGAGGGACUGUCUGGUGUUGCCCGUCAAAGCCUCUCGCGCCCAUGCCUUUGAAUGUUUCGGAGGUAAUGUGGGUGGAAACAAAUUCUUCGUCAGCUGGGAUCGAAGCAUCCUUCCAAGCAGAAAAGAGAAACCAUGCAACUAUUCGCUCUCCAUCGCAGCUAAAAUCUCUGCAGCUGCAGCUCACCCUAUCCUAACAGUUACUUCGAAAUUAAAGAGAACGAACCCAAGCAAAGAAGUGAAAGACCGAGAGGAAAUGGAGCAGUAUUUUGCCACAUAUUCUGAUCACACAUUAAAAGAGAUCGAACAGGCAUACAUGCAAUGUGCAAUGACAUCAGGCCCUUCAUCCAAACAAUGUCGACAUCUCAGCAAGAUGUUGUACCGAGCCACCACCCUUGGAGAGGAUCUUCAGAAUUUGAAGAAUGAGCUCAACAGCAUGGAACCAGGGAAACCCUCAGGAAGUCUACCUACUUACCAUGAUCCAAAGCACAUGAAUAAAGAUUCGGAUACGAAGCAUAAAAAAAGCGCAAUCAGUGAAGCCUCAAGAAAGCAAGUGAGCCCUAAAAGAAAUCAGUCAACAAUGUUAACAGUACGUUUGGAUUCCUGCGACAGUGGCUCAGGAGAUUCCUGUCGCCAUGGUGAUAAAAUAUGGAGAAAGAUUGACGAAAAAGCCAAAGAAUUUGUUCACCGUAUGCAGCGUUAAUUGAGGAAGAGCGUCAUGUAAUGUUCAGGGGGAGGUCAUGGGGGCAGUUGUCGACAUCCGCUUCAUUAUGGGUGGCUCAUGAUAGUAGCCGUUUACUUUGCGGAAGGUACAUCGUCGAAAUAACAGUCAAGAUUAUCCUGGAAAAAAUUUGAACUAACUUUGUAAUCAUGAGAGUGACUAUUCACUUUUAUAAAAGGUUCACCGACAACGUUAACAAGGAUUAAUCCAAUCAGUUUAGUUUUAAAACUAAAAACAGCGUUCGCCUUAGUUCGAGACCUGUUAGAGCGACAUGAUUAUUACAAUAUACCUUACUAUACAUUACCUUACGCAACGUUUUGGAAAAAAAAAAAAAAAGAAUGCGCAACUGAUCGAAACUCUAAUUGUUCUGUAUGUCAAUAACAGAAAGGAAGCUGCUGCGCUUACUCUUUCGUUGGGUGGUCACGCAUACCCAUCGCUGGAUGGUCACGCAACGGUUUCUUCUCGGCUCUUUACCAUCUGACUACACAAUUAUGUAAAAUAUGUACUAUAAACUGUUCUUAGCUUCUUUAUGUUCUAUUAUAAAGUAUUAGAGAGACUAUACAUAAGAAUUUUUCUAGAUAUUAUAGCCAUACACGUGGAAAAUCGAUGGGUAAUGUUAUAUGAUGAGCGUACAAUAGAACGAGUAUGUCUGUGUAGAGGUCGUUUGUGGCAAAAUCUUAAUCUUAGACAUAUGAGUUAGCCUUAAAUGUAGAAAAGACUCGUUGUUUAAUAAUUACAGCUUUCGAGUGUUG